GAGAACGUGAAUCGUGAAUGUAAAGUGUUUGUGUUGGUUACAUUACCGUAAGUCAUCGUAACUUCUCUUGAACCGAAUAGAAGUGUUGACGUUGAUCAUUUUUAAUUUGUGCUUCAAUAAGUUAAAUAUUAAACCGUAUUACACACUAGAAAUUUAUAAAAAUGGACCAAAUCACAAAAUUCAUUGAACCUGGACGUCAAUUCGCUAAAGAUUCUAUCAGAUUAGUAAAAAGGUGUACGAAACCAGAUAGGCGAGAAUUCCAAAAAAUAGCUGUCGCAACCGCCAUCGGUUUCUGCAUCAUGGGAUUCAUAGGAUUUUUCGUGAAACUUAUCCAUAUACCCAUCAACAAUAUCAUUGUUGGAUCAUAAUCGACCAUAUUUCUUAUUUAUCACUCAUGUAAUUCAUAAUUUUUGUUAUAGAUAUAAAUUAUUACUUACUAUAAUAAAUUCAUCUUCCAUUUGUGUAUUCAUCGAAUAAUAAAAACAAAUGUUGUUUCAUAAA